ACUCCAUGAUGGAUGAGACCUCUGACGAACCUCCCACUUCUGCUGUCCUCUUAGACAACUGCCACUUCUCCCAGGUCAUCUUCAACAAUGUGGAGAAGUUCUAUGUUCCCGGAGGAGACGUAACCUGUUACUACACACUCACAAACAACAUUGCUCCUCGUGGGAAGGACUGGGUGGGCAUCUUCCGGGUGGGAUGGAAAACGACACGGGAAUAUUACACGUUCAUGUGGGCUCCUCUGCCCAGUGGUGUCAGUGACCAUAUGGUUGUGCAGCAGCAGAUCCAGUUCAAAGCUUACUACCUGCCAAAAGAUGACGAAUACUAUCAGUUCUGCUACGUUGACCAGGAUGGAGUGGUCCGAGGAGCCAGCGUACCUUUCCAGUUCAGAGCGGAGACUGAGGAUGAUAUCCUGGUGGUUACCACCCAGGGAGAAGUGGAAGAGAUUGAGCUACAAAACAAAAAUUUGCUUAAAGAAAACGAGGAGCUGAAGGAGAGCUGUGCAAGUCUCCAGAAACAGAAUAUGGAUUUGCAGGAGCAACUGAGGAAGACACAGGAGCUGCAGAAUAGUUUUGAGUCUCUAAAGAGCAACACAGAGAAAGUGGAGCAGGAGCUGAAUUCCCUAAAAGAAGAAAACAAACAUCUAAAGGAGCUGACUAAAUGUGAAGAGGCAGAACUCCACCAACUGAAAGAGCAAAUUCAGAAGGUGACCUCUGAAAAGGAACACCUGGAAACCAGACUGAAAACAGCCCUGGAUCGCAUGGAUCAGCUGCAGGUAGAAGAUGUACAGCUGCUUCCCUCUGCUUUUGUGACUUGUAUCUGAGGAUCUCAGUUUGUCUGUAGC